AUGAAGUUCAACUAUCCUCUCAUCACACUCUCACUUCUUCUAACAAUCCUCCUCCACUCCACCACCACAAGUUCAGCAGCAACCGAAUCACCAGCACCAUCCCCAUCAUCAGCCCCAACAGACAUCAUCAGAAUCCUCAAAAAAGCGGGCGGUUUCACCACCUUAAUCCGCCUGCUCCAAACAACACAAGUAGCCACACAAAUCAAUGCUCAGCUUCUCAACUCAAACAACGGCCUAACACUAUUUGCACCAAAUGAUAACUCCUUUUCAUCUCUCAAACCCGGUUUCCUCAACUCCCUUAACGAUCAACAAAAGAAUGAGCUUAUUCAAUUCCAUGAACUACCCUCUUUUGUUUCACUCUCCAAUUUCGAUACUUUAAGCAACCCUGUUAGAACACAAGCCGGUGAUGAUCCUACAAGAUUAGCAUUCAACAUAACAAGUUCAGGGAAUCAACUCAACUUAACAACCGGUGUUGUCAAUGCUACUGUUGGUGGUACUGUUUUUUCUGAUCAUCAACUUGCUAUAUAUCAAGUUGAUAAGGUUCUUCUUCCUAGAGAUUUCUUCCUUCCCAAGUCACCUCCACCUGCUCCUGCACCACAAAAACCUAAGGACUCUAAGAAAAAAUCUGCUCAAGGUCCAGCUUCUGCAGAUGAUGAUACUAAAUCUUCUGCUAUGAGUUUGAAGGAGAAAACUGGAUUUAUGUUCAUUCUUGCAGUUGUCACUGUUUCUGUAGCAACUGUGUUCUCAUUGUGA